AAUUUUAGCCAAUCCUUACCUCCAAUUUUACGUUCUCAAAUUCCAAUUCUCAUCCCAACAACAAUUACAAAACAGACAAUUCUCUUCACAAAAAUAUCCAAUACAACAAGAAGAAAGACAGUAUACUUCUUCCUCUUCUCUCUCGCGCUGCAAACCCAGCAAACCAUACCCGGAAAAAAACCCAUCGCGCGUCCUCCUCUUAUCUCUACCUUAUCCUUCGCAUUCUCGAAUUUACAGGUGUGAAAAUCGUGUUGAUCCUUUGUCCUUUACUCAGAAAUCAACGGAUGCCUUGAGUUGAGAAUUGAUACUAUUUGACAGCUUCUCAAACCUUAUCUAUUGAAAGGAAUUCGAAUUUCGAAUUUCAAAAUUCUUCCCAGCCUCAUCCGUUUCCCCUUUUUCAAUUCCCAUUCCCCCCCUAUAUAUACCCUGUUGUCGAGAUAAAUUCUUGGGAGGCAGAAAAAUUAGAGGUCUGGAAGAAACGAACUUGAUUUGUAAAAUUUUCAUUCAAAAUACACGUUUCUGAUAGCCAAAGAGAGAGUGCGCUGUCUCGAGUCGUUUUGGUUUGUUGCAAAGUUUAGUCAUGGUGUAGCUUAGCUCGUUCUCGUCUCAGUUCAGUUCCGAAGAAGGCUGAUGAUAUCAUCCUCAGAGACUAACUGGUUACAUUGUAUCAUUGAUAUACCUGUGUCGACGUUAGGUGCAACACCACAUGAAGAGUCGACACAGAAAAUACAUUUUGGUAUUCCACAUAAACUUGCCGAGAGUACUAGUAAGGAAGAUUAUCACAAGUACUACGAGCCCCGUGUGGUUUCCCUUGGUCCAUUCCACUAUGGAAAACCUCAUGUUGAACCCAUGGAGAAUUUCAAGCGGAAAGCAGUGAGGGAAUUGUUACUUGAAUCCUUGAACCAGGAUUGCUCAUCAGACGAGGAGCUGGCAUCCCUUGAAAAAGUGUAUAAAAGUGUUGAACAUGACUUGCUCAGUGCUCGAGAUCUUUAUGACAUGUCUCGUAGGGAUACAAUUUCAGACAGUGAGUGGUGUCAGAUGAUGUUCCGCGAUGCCUGCUUUAUUAUUUACUUCAUCACUAGUACUGGCAAGAGGAGCUGGUUGAAGAAACGUAAUAGAGAUUUGGUGUGGCGUGACAUUAUAUUGCUUGAAAAUCAAUUUCCUCUCCAGGUUCUAAGCGCGUUAGUACGCGCAUUCAAAUGUGAAGAGUCUCUUUUCCGGGUUCCAACUCCUCCUAUAGUUGAUAAUUAUAUCUACAUCUACAAAUUUUCCUUUCUUCAUCCACAUCGGGCCCCAGAUUCUGUACAUCUUCUUCAAUAUUAUAGAAACUUGUGGAUCAAUGUUUUAUUUAACAUUGAUGUCGAAGAAGAAGAAGAAGAUGACAACAAAAAAGAAGAAGAUGGUCCACCUUUCUCAGUCACAGAGUUGAAGAAAGUAGGUAUUCGUUGCAGCUGUGCGAUAUCGCAGAAUGACAAAGUCAUCCAUUUUAAAUCAUCUAUGUUAUCGGGGAAGUUAUUCCUUCCACAACUAAUUAUCGACGAAUUGAAUAUGACCCUUUUAUAUAAUCUAGUUGCGUAUGAAUCUUCGUGCAGCUUAGAAUAUACAUCCUUUGGAUUCUCAUCUUACUUGAAUUUCAUGAGUAUGUUAAUUAAUGGAGAGGAAGAUGUUAAGGAGCUGCGAGCCAGGGAAGUAAUCCAGAUCAACCUCAAAUUUAGCGAUGAACAAGUGGUUAACUUCUUUAAAGAUAUAGUUGCACAUCAUGAUCCCAAUCCUCAAGGUUUUAAGGAUGUCAAACAACAGAUUUCUACUUACUUCAAAAGUAAAAAUCUUCUCCCUCUACGAGUUGGUUAUGCUGAAUUUAAGCAAAGGUACUUUAGUGGUCCAUGGAGUUUCCUUGUGUUCCUUGCUGUUAUUUUCACGGUUAGUAUGACUGUAAUUCAGACCGUCUUCACAGGCAUUCAGACAUACAAAAAAGACUGACUGAGUACCCCUAUCAGUAUUUCAUUCUGCAUUUUUCUUGAGCUCUUGUAUCUUCAUGAGUUGUAUUGUGAUUGUGGUUGUAUUUGAAUAAAUCAAUAACAAGGCCUUGUUCGGCUGCAUAUUUGUA